AUGAAGCCUCUGGAAACGAAAGAAAUCAUGGCACCAGCUAUAUUAGUGACCGGUGGCGCGGGGUACGUCGGCUCUCACACUGUGAUGGCUCUUCUCGAAGGGCGUGAGAGCGAAAUGGAAAUCGUUGUAGUGGAUAACCUCAGUAACGCUUAUAGGGCCGAUGGUGAAAAAAAGCCAGAGUCAAUCAAAACAAUAGAGGAAAUGACAGGACACAAGAUACACUUCUACGACGUAGACAUAAGGGAUAAAGAAGGAUUAAGUAGAAUAUUUGAAAAUCACAGUAUAGACUGCGUGAUACAUUUCGCUGCGUUGAAGGCUGUGGGGGAGUCGGUCGAGAAGCCGUUAGAGUACUACCAAGCCAACAUAACUGGCACCUGCAAUCUCUUUGAGGUGAUGCGUAACCACGACGUGUACAAGCUGGUGUACAGCUCGUCGUGCACGGUGUACGGUGAGCCGGAGCGCCUGCCGCUGGACGAGAGCCACCCCACGGGCCGCGGCCUCGCCAGCCCCUACGGGCGCUCCAAGUACUUCUGCGAGGAGAUCAUGAAGGACCUGUGCAGGAGCGACAAAAAAUGGAUUAUAAUAUCCCUUCGGUAUUUCAAUCCGGUGGGCGCUCACAAGAGUGGGAAAAUCGGGGAAGACCCGUCAGGCAUCCCUAACAAUCUUAUGCCGUAUAUAGCGCAGGUGGCGGUGGGUCGGCUGCGCGAGGUGCGCGUGUUCGGCGCGGACUACGGCACGGCGGACGGCACCGGCGUGCGCGACUACGUGCACGUGCAGGACCUGGCCGACGCGCACGCGCGCGCGCUGCGCCUGCUCCGCCAGCCCGGCGCCGGCGGCUUCCACGCUGUCAAUUUGGGCACCGGCACAGGCUACUCGGUGCUCGAAAUGAUCCGCGCAUUCGAAGCAGCCAGCGGACGCCACAUACCGUACACGGUGGUGGAGCGGCGCGCGGGCGACGUGGCCGCCAACUACGCGGACGCGGCGCUCGCACACCGUCUGCUCGCGUGGCGCGCUCGCCGCGGACUGAGCGACAUGUGCGCAGACACCUGGCGCUGGCAGAGCACACACCCCAAUGGGUAUAAGCAA